AUGCACGACGAUGAGCCUUCGCUCAACAUUCCGUCGCUCUUGACCUUAGCAGUCGUAUCAUACUUUGUUCUCCGAUGGUUCUUUAACCGCGAUGAAAGCUCCAGCGGAAGCGGCCGGCCCCGCGGCCGGGGUAACGCUGUCGACCCGGCUCAAGUCGAGCAGAUCUCUCAGAUGUUUCCCCAGCUGAGCACUCGUGAAAUCAUGUGGGACUUGCAGCGCAAUGGUGGUAGUGUUGCAGCGACAACAGAGCGUAUAUUGACCGGGCGGGGAUUGGAAACGCCGCCUCCAUCAUUCCAACCUCAGAUCCCGACUUUACCAGGAAACGCUUCCACCCAGGCUACUUCCACAGCGUCGACAUCUAAAGGAGAUGGACAGGACUUAAUUUCUCGGUAUAACCUUAGCGGAAAAUUGGCAGCUGAAAGCGCAGAGUCCAGUGAAACCUCUCCUUCGUCUAGCGCGUGGUCACAAAACAAAGACGAGCGUCAACGCCUCCUCCAGAAACGCCGAGAUGACAUGAUUCUGGCCGCGCGUAAGAGGAUGAUGGAAAAGAACCAAAGUUCUGCUCAAUGA